AUGGCAUGCCCUGCUUUUCCAUUAUGUCCCCUGGCAAUUACCGAAGCUGAACGUGGAAUACCAAGUAUUCUUAAGCGGAUCCGUGACAUGUUUGAGAAGGUUGGUCUGAAGCAUAAUGAAUCUGUGGUUGUAAGGAUAACUGGCUGCCCUAAUGGUUGUGCUAGACCAUAUAUGGCUCUAUAUGGCUGA